GGAGCGUAAAAGAAGAGCAUGUAAACAUUGCGGUUGCCUCAUGUGUAUUUUGUGAUAAAAAAAUAUGGUUAAAAAAAGUGAACAUCGAUCCGUUAUCCAGGCAUUUUGGGUUCAAAAUAGCUACUCAAGCAAAAAAAGCCGUAAGGUUAAGUUUAAUCAUUAUCGGUUCUGUCGGUAAGUUAGCCAGCUAAGUGAAGUGGAGCUGCUGUGUCUGCAGUUAAAACGCGUCCAUGCUUUACAACCAACUCGUUUGAGAAAAAAAGCUGUUUAAGAUUGCUAAGUUUCAUUGAGUAGGAACAGAAUGACAGGUACCAAAGGUCAGGAAAUGGACGAGGCUGUUGCUCUAAAGGCCUACUGUAAAAGGCGGCUUAAACACAUUAAGCAGCAAAAACAUUUACUUGAAUGUAAAGAAAAGCACCAGAAGAGGAAAUGUACGUCCAUCAAACCAGUAGAGCCCAUUAGUGAUCAAAGUGUGCCUGUGCGGUUUAUAUUCACAUUAAAGCUAAAGACUUUUAGAGAGGAGAUGAAGAAGGGUGCCGAGCAGGACUUCCACGAGCCCUCUCGCUGCAGGGCCUGUCUGGCUGAACAAGCUGACUUAGCCAUGAACUACUUUAUCAGAAAGAAGAAGAAUCAGCUUCAGGCUCAACUACUGGAGGAGAGAAUCCAGUCACAUCUCUAUAACAAGGACACAGGUUGCCUGCUUGGUGAGAUACUGAAGGACCUGCCUAAGCCUUCAGAUGAUCCUUCUGAAAUUUGGCAAAGACUGCUGUCAACUGAAAGAUUACAUGAAACGAAAUGAAAGGCUUCAUUCAUCACUACUGAUGUUUCAGUUUUACUCAACAAACUAGUUUGAGCACAAUGUACAUCACAUGACAAUAUAGAUUUUAAAAACAGUGUUUAAGAAACAUUUAACACUUCUCAAUAAGAAAAAAGAUUUUAGUCAAUUUUCAAUAAAUCAAAUCAACAAACUAGUUCACAAAAAACAGCUGUGCUGCUAUGGUAGUACAAAACACAGUUACAUAAUAGCUUGUUACUGAAAUAUUAAGGACAGCAAACAUGCACUGAAUAAAAAUACUAAAAAACAAUAAAAAGUAUAACAUUUUAGCAUCAUCAUUACUCAAGUUGUCAUCUAAUACAAACGUUGGUUUAUUGUAAUGAGCAUGUGUUUAAGUAUGCAUUAAAUUUCUGCUACCAGUAAAAGAUGACUUUUCAUCUCUGAUGACAAAUUAUGGAACUGUUACUUAUGCACCAUGUAAUUUUUCAAUGCUAAAUGCACAGUUCAUACAGUACAAAACAGUAUUUCCCUUUGCAACAUGUAAUGAUAGCGGCCUAAAAUUACUUAGGCAUGAAUAUAAGGAAGCAAACCUAAGAAUUUUUGUUAUUGCAUUGAUAAGCUUAUCCCAACAGAAUCGUAAGAUGUUUAAUAAUAAAUUUAAAUCAAGUACAAUUACUGAGGCACAACACAAAAAGGACAGGAUUCAGGUAUGCACUGUUUAUGUUAAAUGCAUUGAAGUUCUGAAAGACAGCUAUCACAGGUAAAUAUGGCAAUUUUCUUUUAAUUUAUUCAUCUGGCUUCCUCUUGGGUUUCUUCGGAUUCCUGGAGCGGCUCUUCGCUUUACACAGAGGACAGAUGGGUGCAUUGCGAUGUAUUUGCUGGUGACAAGACAGACAUGCCUGCAGACACAAAUUUGUGCAUUAAUCGCUAAAAAGAUUCACUUUCUGCAGUUAAUUCAAUAAUGACCUGUACACCUUCUAAAGUACAUCUUCUAUCUACACUCACUGUCUAUUAUUUCAGGUUCACUUGCCAUAGGAACACUUUGCAAGUAUUAUUUGGGUUUUGGAUCAUUUGCAAUACUGCAAUGACAAUGACAUGGUAGUGUGUUAGUGUGUGUUGCACUGGUACAAGUGGACUGGAGACAGCAGUGCUGCUUAAACACUUCAGUGUCAAUGCUGGACAGAGAAUAGUCCAACAAUGAAAAACAUCCAGCCAACAGCAUGACCAAUGCACACUAUGCAGCGACACAUGAGCUAUUGUCUCUGACUUUACAUCAACAACGUAGGUCUAAUAAAUUGGACAGUAAGUGGACACAACCUCCAGCAUCACUGCUGUAUCUAAACCACAACACACAUUAACAUGCCAUCAAUAUGUCAGUGUCACUGCAGUGCUGAGAAUGAUCCAAAACCCAAAUAAUACUUGCUCUGUGGGAGUCCUGACUAUUGAAGAACAGGGUGAAAGAAUGCAGAGAAAAACAUGAACUACUGAUCUGUCAUUGUGUAACUACGAUGUGCACCUAUAUAGUAAGUGGGUCUGAUAAAAUGGAUAAAGAGUGUAGAUGAUAAAAGGAAGUGUACUUGAUGGUCCGUGUGUCUUUUGGUCAUUCCGUUUUCAUUUCAAAAGCAGUAUUA